GGACUGCAGCGAUCGUGAAAAUAAACUCGUAUAAACGUGUAAUUAUUGCAGCGAGUGCUCUGCAUCAACUGAUAUUGCUUUAUAACUUAUACAGACGCGUGAGUUCCGAAAUAUGUAUAACAAUUCACGCCUCUAGCUCUGUUGCGCGCGUGCUGCGAAAAAAUCGCGUCGUGAGUUGAUAGCCUAAUAAUUUUAGGUAUUUCGAAUUAUCUUUGAGUGUGUAUAUAUAUAUUGCAAUAAAACAUUUCGCAGCAUUAGUCGCCACAGACGUACUAUACUCGCCACACGUUCAAUUAGAACGCAUUGAAAGUUUCGUUAAUAAAGUUAGUGUAUUAACUUUGAAGUUGUUCGAGAUACUUAAAAAUGCAGCAAGAAAAUGGUGAGGGGCCCACGCCUGCUAAACGACCAUUGUUAAGCUCAAAUGCCAGCAACGACGGUUCAGCAGAACAAGCCAACAGGGACGCGAGACUGGUGAGAAUGUUCUGCGAUGGCUUAUUUUCUUACAAUAUAUUAAAUGACAAGAGCUGGCAAACUUUUUUCAAAUAUGAAUUCCCCAAUUAUCAGAUGCCAUGUGUGAAAACGUUCUUAGAGCAACUCGUUCCUAAUGAAUACGACAAAGAAAAAAAUAAAUUAAAACAAAUGUUGGAAUCUGUGAAAUACCUAGCAGUCACAAUAAACAAUUGGAAGAUAGGAGUGAAGGAACGCAGGCGCGGCCGCAACAUGUACACUGUGACCAUACAUUUUAUAUACGGAGGAAAGCGUAUUAACCAAUGCUUUUUCGCAAAGAUUGCAAAAAUAAGGAACGACGACAUCGUACUGUCGCUAAUUAAAGACGAGUUAAUGCGAUGGAACGUCUUCAACAAAAUCGUACUCUGUGUUGCCAAUCGCGCUAUCUCUGUAAAGCUGCAAUCAUGGGGGAAAGAGCUUCACACAUGUUUAGCUAGCACUGUGGCUAUAACCAUACAUGACGUUAUGAAGUCACUAUUUGAAGAGUUAGACAAAAGAGCACCCAACCAGAAGAAGACAGAUCCGUUUUCUUGGCAUAGUCAAUAUAUAUGGUUGCAAAAUUUUGCUGAUAAUGCUGAUUCUAAUUCUUCAGAGAUUGACAAGAAAAUAUACAAGGAUUGCAUCAAUCUUUUGAAACCAUUCGAAGAUCUCACGAAAACGUUGUCAAGUGAACAGUAUCAGAGUUUAUCCUACGUCAUCCCCAUCCUAGUCGGUUUGAAAACACGACUAAAUGAAUGUACUCCAACAACGGACACAGGAAUUGCAUUUAAAAAGAACUUUCUGAACAAAGUGUCUAAUUUACUCGAAGAUACUACCAGCGCCAAACACAAGGCAACAUUCAUGGACCCGAGAUUCAAGGAAGCAUGUUUCAUAAAUCAAACGCAAGCUGAGUCUGUGCGAGGUAAAGUCAUUGAGGAAAUAGAAGAAAAUAUCAAACCGAGUGUUAACCAUCACGGCAUUAGUCCGGACACCCCCUCUACAUCUUCUGCAUCAGACCAUCAGAACGCAGUUCCAGUGACAACUAUUAAGCAGGAGGACAAAGACAAUGGUUUACUAGACUAUUUAGACGACAAGUUGCGAGCUACAUUCUCGGCGAAUUCUUUGAACACACGCUUUAAGGUAGAGCAGUACCUGGACUUGCCCCACGUAAAUCGAGGUGAUAACCCUUGCCAGUUUUGGGAGCAGCUCAAAGAUAUAUCUAAAUACAGUGAGUUGUACGAUAUGUCACAGAAAUAUUUGUGCAUGCCUGCCACCGCUCAGCCGGUCGAAACAGUAUCUGGAGACUACAUUUGGAAUAAACACAUCAAAGUUGAUGAUUAUAAUGAUCGCAAAAAUGAAAUGGGUACUGAAAAAAUCAAUGAAAUAUUAUUUUUGCACAGUUUUUAUGCUAGAACUUCAGACGAUGAAACGGAAUGAACUUGCAACAACUUGCUUUCCACUUCCUCUAGUCCGGUGGUCGCAAAUGAGACUGGUGGAAAGUGGGAGUAAUGUUUACUAGCACCCCUGCGUUCCCCGUUAUUGGUUAGGUUAUUGAGUGAGUGGCGAUUAGUGUUAACACGCAGAACAUAUAAUUUUAUUGUGAACCGUGUCAUUAGGAAGUUAACAUCCUUCCUUAUUGAAGAUAACAAUGUUUAUAUAAAAUAUAUAAAACACUAAUUAAGUACAUAUGUACCUAGUUAUUAUUGUGUGCGAUACGUAUUAGUCAUCAGUCAGACACAAUUUGUUUGCAAAUCGAAAUGUAAUAUCGCUUAGCAUUAACUUACUAACAUAAUGAAUAUACGUACACAUGUCUGUUUGUCCGACAUAGAUAUACAUAUAUUAUUUAGUAGUUUCAGGAGCCCAUUGAUAUAAAGAAUAAGUAAAAGUGUUUAAAUUGUAUUAUUUAAGGUCUAAAUAUUGAAGUGUACUGUAUAAGAAUUUAACAAGUUUAUGUUUGUAGUUCCAAUAAAUAAAAAAAAAUAGAAUAUGCAAGACAACAGAAUGUUCCGAAUAAUAAUUAUAUAAGUUGGGACUUAGUUGAUGUUUAAAUAAACAGAUUUUUCUAGAUGAUGGUUUUAUACAGACAAUUUUGGCAAAUCCUAAAUCUUAGUUAACAGUAAGAUUAAGUAUGUUAGUAAUAAUACGGUAUUGAUGAUUUUCUCUUAUUCAGAUUACUUUAGUUAUUAGCUAAGUUAGUGUCAUUAAAAUUAAGAAGGUACGCUGGGGUUGGCGUAUCCAUGUGGAUGAAAACCCUAAAUACUUAAUUAAACAGAAAAAAGUACUUUGAACUGAGCUAUCAAAGUAUCAGAUAGUUAAGAUAGAGUAUGACAUGUAUACGAAGCGCCUCUUUUAACAAUUAUGUUUUAUUAACUUGCUUUUUACUAACUUUUAAUAAACAUUAAUUAUCAACAA